CGGGCCCUCGCGGAGCGGGUCCUGGAAGCGUAGCAGGCUGUCCAGGGAGGCAGGACUCUCGCAGCUAGACCAGCCUCCUGCCCUUUGAACGUCCCCUCCCCUAGCAGAGUUCAACCCAGCUUCCCGACCUGAACUAUGCAGAAAGCGGGACUGCUGUUAAGAGGCUGGACUCGAGCGUGGAAGUCGGUGAGGAUGGCCAGUUCCGGGUUGACUCGCCAGAACCCACUCGCGAAUAAGGUGGCCCUGGUCACAGCCUCCACCGACGGGAUUGGCCUUGCCAUCGCCCGGCGUCUGGCUGAGGACGGGGCCCACGUGGUCAUCAGCAGCCGCAAACAGCAGAAUGUGGACCGUGCAGUGGCCACACUCCAGGGAGAGGGACUGAGUGUGACUGGCCUCGUGUGCCAUGUGGGGAAGGCAGAGGAUCGAGAAAAGCUGGUAAACACGGCUCUGAAGCUUCACCAAGGGAUUGAUAUCCUGGUCUCCAAUGCUGCUGUCAACCCUUUCUUUGGAAAUCUAAUGGAUGUCACAGAGGAGGUGUGGAACAAGGUUUUGAGCAUUAAUGUGACAGCUUCAGCAAUGAUGAUUAAGGCGGUGGUGCCAGCGAUGGAAAAGCGAGGAGGCGGCUCGGUGGUGAUUGUGAGUUCCGUAGCAGGCUUCGUUCGAUUCCCUUCUCUGGGCCCUUACAAUGUUAGCAAAACAGCUUUGCUGGGUCUCACUAAGAACUUUGCCGCAGAGUUGGCCCCAAAGAACAUUCGAGUGAACUGCUUGGCACCUGGACUCAUCAAGACUCGCUUCAGCAGUGUGUUGUGGAAGGAGAAAGCAAGAGAAGAAAUGAUAAAAGAAAGCAUGCAAAUUAGAAGGCUAGGCAAGCCAGAGGAUUGUGCCGGUAUAGUUUCCUUCUUGUGCUCUGAAGAUGCCAGUUACAUCAAUGGCGAGACAGUAGUGGUUGGGGGAGGAACCCCUUCUCGCCUCUGAGGACCUAGAGACAGCCUACCAGGGCAGGUGUGUGGGGAGGGUGAACUCCACCUUGUCUCUGUCGCCCUUCCUUGCCACCGCCAACAUCUUGUUCACCUCACAAAAUCAGCUCUGCCCAGUGUUAAGUUCCUGCUUUCCGUGUGGUCAAAGUGUGGUCAGAUGAGCAUCCUCGCUGUUGCUAUGGCCCUGAAAAGGGCUUUGGGGAGGGGGCGGGGAGCUAGGGGAUAGGUAAUGGAAACGGGGCUUGCUGAGAAGACUGUGGCUACUUUAGUGAAGAUCAAAUCCCUCUCAUCCUCGUCUCUGGAGACUUUAAAGGGAGGUAGAAGGAACGGACCUGAACAGAGAUGGAAAUUAACAAUUUACAAAUACGGUACAAAUAAAAUGAAGAUGAUCGCGUUGGUCUGA